AUGGAGGCGGGACUUCCUGUCUCGUGUAUCCAAGGUCCUCCAAAGUGAGGGCUGGCACUGAGGAGGAUGUCCAAGAGUUGUGGUGGCGAGUCUGGCAGCAGAUUAGCUGGGGCCUAGUGGAAGGGUACUCACGUACUUAGUGCUGCAGUUAUCCUUACUGUUCUCCCACGGCGUCUCCCGGAGGCCUUGGAGCCCCGAGAACCUACGCGUGUGUCCGCAGGUUCGGUGAGGGCCAUGGAGGUGCGGCCGCCAGCGCCACAGAGCUACCCCUGCAGGGCGCUGAGUCCUUUCCCUCGGGUCUUUGCCGCGGCAGCUGUGGCUACCGAUUCGGAGAACCAGAAGCUGUCUUCCUACGUCCCAGAGCCUGAUUGCCGGGAAUCCGGAUGGGACCGCCUCCGGGACCUGUUUGUCAAAGAUGAACAGCAGAGAACAUCAAAGGAACUUGAGAAUAUUUAUAAGGCAGCUAUUUCAGCAGGCAUCAUUGGCUGGGCGUAUGGGGGAAUACCAGCUUUUAUUCAUGCUAAACAGCACUAUGUUGAGCAGAGCCAAGCAGAAAUUUAUCAUAACCGAUUUGAUGCUGUGCAAUCUGCACAUCGUGCUGCCACACGAGGCUUUAUCCGGUAUGGUUGGCGCUGGAGUUGGAGAACUACAGUGUUUGUGACUAUAUUCAACACAGUGAACACUGGUCUAAACGUAUACCGAAAUAAAAAUGCCCUAAGCCAUUUUGUCAUUGCGGGAGCUGUCACAGGAGGUCUUUUUAGAAUUAACCUAGGCCUGCGUGGUCUGGUGGCUGGUGGCAUAAUUGGAGCGUUGCUAGGCACUCCUGUAGGAAGUCUGUUGAUGGCAUUUCAGAAGUUCUAUGGUGAGACGGUCCAAGAGAGAACACAGAAGGAUCGCAAAGCACUCCGUGAACUGAAACUGGAAGAGAGUAAAGCCAGACUGCAAUUUACUGAACUCCUCCCUGAAGAAAUUGAAAGUAGCUUACAGAAAAAUCGAUCCAAAGAUGAUGUUAAGAAAAUCGAAGCACUACUAAAUCUUCCUAGAAACCCUUCAUCAACAACUAAACAAGACAAAGACUGAAAAUGUUCUGGACUUAAAAUUCAUUGGCAAAUUGAAGGGAUCUAUGUUACCCUGUCCAUUGAAUGCCAAAGGCUAGGCUUCUCCUUGGUCAGCCUGCUGACAGAUACAAGUGCUGGCACCUCUAGUGGCAGUGACUUGCUCUCUUUGUUUUAACCAAGAAUUGGGUAAUUGUAUGCUCACUUUACUUAUCCUUAAAUUUAAAUGCAUAGUCUUUCUGAUUGGUCUGUAUGUUUGACAUUAUAUCUGUAUUGAUCAAUCAAUACAUAUUUCUUUUCCCUGAAUUUUACAAUAGUAAAUUAAAAAUCCCAAGAUUGGAGUUGAAAUCUG